CACCUAGGCAUCUAAUACUGUAGACUGCUUCCUACAUUGGUCCGGCAGACACAACACCUGCGUACCAUGAGAUUCGGAUGACGACUGUGUGAUAUGGCUUCUUUUGAUUGCCUCGACUCCGCUCAUAGGUGAGAAACAUGGCGCUCACCAGCUGGAAGCAAUUUCCUUUCUUCAAUGUGUCUCAAGUACCUGUACCCGCAGAUGAAGACGGGUCAUAUAUUUUCGACAAAGAUAUUGUCUCUAUAGCUACCGGCUCUGACUCCCUCUUUCUUGGUUCCUCCGAUGGCUCAGUGCGCGUCCUUUCGCGCGCCUUGAAAGUCGUCCGCACGUUUCACGCGACAGACUCUUCAGAUGCUUCGAUCACGCAUAUCAGGCAGAUACCGAACACGCCGUUCCUAGUUACCCUCUCCGAGAACCUAUCUGCGGACCCGUCUCUGAAAGUAUGGGCUUUGGACAAGACUGAGAAGAAGACUGGAGGGCCUCGAUGCUUGUGCACAAUUGCCGCGCAAAACGGCAGACGACAGUUCCCUGUCUCGGCCCUUGUUGUUGAAGAUGACAUGAGUCAGGUUGCUGUCGGCUUUGCAAAUGGGUCUGUGACUGUUAUACGUGGGGAUUUCAUACAUGACAGGGGAACAAAGCAAAGGACGGUCUUCGAGUCUGAGGACCCAAUCACUGGGCUAGAAGUUCGACAGGGAGCCACAAAAGUUCUAUAUAUCGCGAACACAUCGAAAAUCUGCAGCCUCAUCAUAUCCGGGAAAGGCCAGGGUCAACCUGUACGCACGGUGGAUAACAGAGGGUGCAAUGUUGGCUGCAUGACCCAAGACCGAGAGACUGGAGACAUUGUGAUUGCUAGAGAGGACGCCAUUUACUACUAUGGCCCGAGCGGGCGUGGACCCAGCUAUGCCUUUGAAGGGCCAAAGAAGAUUGUGAAGAUGUACAAAGAAUACGUUGGCCUGGUCUGUCCGCCUCGAGUCGCACAAGUGUCAAAGUCAAAAACAUUCAGAAGACUUGGAGGCGAUGAGAUUGAUGAGCUAUUCAGCAGCUCUUCUUUCACCUUGCUCGAUACUGAUCUCAAGUUUAUUGCUCAUACCGAGUCAUUGCCUGCUCAGGUGAAGGACGUCUUUGUGGAAUGGGACGAGCUGUUCCUGUUGACCAUCGAGGGAAAGCUGUACCGAUACCAAGAGAAAACACUCCAGCAGAAACUUGAGAUACUCUAUCAGCGAAAUCUGUACAUUUAUGCAAUCAAUCUAGCCCAAAAGGCCGGCGCCGAUAAAAUCCAGCAGAAUAUUAUCUUCAGAAAAUAUGGUGACUAUCUCUACCAGAAAGGUGAUUACGACACAGCCAUGCAACAAUACCUAAGAGCCAUCGACAACACUGAACCAUCACAAGUGAUCCGACGGUACUUGGAUACGCAGCGAAUCCACAAUCUGAUUGACUACCUGGAAGAACUACACGACCACGAUAAGGCGACUGCUGAUCAUACGACAUUGCUGUUGAAUUGCUACGCUAAGCUGAAGGAUACCGAGAAGCUCGAUGCUUUUAUUCGUGCUCCAGGGACGGCGAGAUUUGACAUUGAGACAGCGAUUUCAAUGUGCCGGCAAGGUGGAUACUAUGAACAGGCAGCAUAUCUUGCCACGAAACACGGUGAGAAUGAAUUGGUGAUUGACAUCUUGAUUGAGGAUUCGAAGAAAUACGCCGAAGCCUUGCAGUAUAUCUGGCGACUCGACGCAAAUGCAGCAUACCCAGUCUUGAUGAAGUAUGCGCGAAGUCUGAUUGAGCAUUGUCCAGUGGACACCACGAAGCUGUUCAUCGAGUACUAUACCGGACGCUAUGCUCCGAAGAAAGAUAUACCAGCGGUGUCAGAAGUCCAGGCGCAGACGGGUGGAGGAGCCUUUCAGAGUCUAUCAGCACUAUGGACCCUGCCAUUCAUGAAUCGAUCUUCCAACGUUGGUGGGACUGCAAUGGAAGGUAUCCAACCAGACGGCAGCGAGGAAAUACCUGCAGCCGUGCCCCUUGAGGCUCCUCCAUAUACCGUUCCACGGCCCCGAAGCGCCUUUUCCGCCUUCAUUGCACACCCUGCGGAGUUUAUCAAGUUCCUCGAAGCCCUUGUGGUCCAGGAAGAUCUGUCGAAAGAUGAUAAGUCGGACCUAUCGACGACACUGUUUGAAAUGUACCUUGAAGCUGCGAACAACGCCAGAGAAGCAGCAGAAAAGGAGAAAUGGCAGGUCAAAGCAACCAGCUUGAUUGCCGACAACAAGACCGAGACGUUGGAUGAAUCGACAAUCGACACGUCGAAUGUUCUGCUGCUGUCUUCAUUGUCAAAAUUCCCAGCUGGCACGACUUUGGUGCGCGAAAGAGAAAAUCUCUAUGCCGACAUCUUUCGGUCGUUUACUUCUGCGAAAGACACGUCUGGUGCCAUCUCUGCACUGCGCAAGUACGGAGUCAAGGAACCGUCGCUCUAUCCACUGGCUCUCGGGUAUUUUGCUUCAUCCGAAGAAGUUCUCAAGGAACCGGGAGUCAAGGAAGAACUCCAAAAGGUUCUUAGAAAGAUUGACCAGGAGAAUCUCAUGGCACCGCUCCAAGUGGUCAAAGUACUGUCACAGGGUGGUGCAGUGACAAUGGGGAUGGUCAAGGCAUAUCUAUCAGACAAUAUCCAGCGUGAACGAAAGGAAAUCCAGGCCAACCGACGUCUGAUCGACUCUUAUCGAACAGAGACUGCGUCGAAAAAGUCGGAAUUGGCGGAUCUUGAAACGAAGACGGUAGUGUUUCAAGCUCGUCGUUGUUCGUCCUGUGGUCGAAAUCUGACGUUGCCGACGGUUCACUUCAUGUGCAAGCACUCGUUUCAUCAAGAAUGCUUAAACAAGCCUGGUGUCGGCACAGCCGACGAUGAUAAGAUCGACUGUCCUAUCUGCAAACCCGGCAAUGACACCAUCCGAGCAAUUCGUCGACAACAAGUGGAAAGCACUGAGCAGCAUGAUCUGUUCAAGGCGGCCCUGGCCCGAAGUCAAAACCGCUUCGGAACGGUCAGCGAAUUCUUUGGACGAGGAGUUAUGGGCACAAUUCCUGCAGCAGAAGAUCGAGUCAUCAACUAAAACAUGCAUUCCAAAAACCCGAAAUCCAUCGUCUGGUCGUGGGCCCCAGUUUAUAUGUAAUGCGGAAUUAUGUCCAACGCGAAAUGAUGGCGGAGUGGUAUGCAAGCCCGAAUGACGAGCGCAAGCCUCUAGCCUAGCGCAGAUUAACGGUGUGGUCAGGGUGGGCGGGAGAUGGACGACCGACAGCAGGAGGGGUUGUUGCACUUUUGUGCGAUGACAAUGUUUUCCGCCCUGCAUCCCAUCUUUUGGGGGGGUCGAGCCUCAGCCGCAUGAGCAUAUCGAGAGCGAUAAGCCGGACAUAUGAGCCAACGUGAGACUGGUCUGAGUCAUUCGUCAAUGAUUUUCAAACCCUCUAGUCUACAGCUGGACAUGAGUGGUGUCGAUGGUGGGAAAGUUUUCUAUUUGUAGGGCUGCGCCAUGCCACCAUGACCAGGGGCGGUUGUAGCGGUCGUGAGCGGUGGAGUCUGGUGGCGUGGCGGGGGGCAGCAAAGGCAUCGAGGGUGGAGUUUGACCAGCGAUGAUAACAUGAUGGCACCUAGAUGGAUGCUGGAUGUCGAAUGUCGAGUGCGGCCCUUGGAGGACGAGAUGUUCUGCCUAGUGAGCCUACGAGUAGUUGGUGAACCGGAGAUGGGUGGGACAGGCCCUGAGGAAGACCAGACAAAGAAAGGCUUUGGCAGGAAAAUGUCCAAUAGUUGAGG